UCAGAUUCAAAAUACAGAAUCGGAGUGGGUGGCUCGUUCUGAAACUGCUGAAUGCGGUCUGAGUGUCAGAGGAGGAUUUAAUAGUCUGUUUACUAUGAUCAAUCCGGCGGAAUAGAGGGGAAAAUGUCGCAGGACGUUGCGAGAGCGGGUUUGUUGGAUUUUAGUCCAACAUUUAAUCCCCCUUCUAGCAGAAAGAAGGAGAACGAUGCUCCAGUUCUCAGUCUGGUCCAGUUCUCCAGGUCUCCGUUCGUGAGUUUUGGAUCGGUGAAGUUAGGCUCGUCAAAAUCUCUACCUCUGCGCAUCGAAAAUCCAAGCGAGGAAGGAGUAGCGACAGUAACUGUGGAUAAAAUUUCAUCAUCCAAAGGUUUCUCAUUGGAUCAAACAUGCUUUACUAUUCAGCCUGAAGAAAGUGUCAUUGUAACUGUUACCUGGACACCUGUAGAAGAGGGUGGUGUUAGAGAGCUUCUCAGCUUUGUGGCAAAUGGAAUCAUCAAACAUCAAGCAAUUCUGCUUGGAAAGGCAGAGGCUCCAAAAAAGAAAAAGAAAAGUCUAUGGGAUUCAAUCAAAUCCAAGAGAGACCUUUCCUCUCCCUCAAAAAGCAAGAAGGUGGCCUCAAUGCCAAUAAAGGCAGCCAAUAAGACAUUUCAUGUAUCUCGACAGCCACAAUACAAAAGGAAUAAAGGCUCAAACCCACUGUCACCAUUGAAUCAGGAAAGGGCCAAUCGGAGGUCUAGUGGCAGCAAGGAUGGAAAUAGCCAACCUGCCUGUCCUCAGAUCCCUCAAGAUCUACCCAAGUCUAUCAUGGAUAACUUGGAAAACAUACCAACUCAAAUGGACUCUCCACUAGUUCUACUAGUGCCUGUUAACAAACUUCUUGAUGCUUCGGAAAAGGUGGAUCGCUCUUGUUUACCUUUGCCUAAAGAGGUCAGAAUGUUGAAUAAGACCUUGUCACCUAUUAGCACCCCAGAGAGGUUUUCUAACCCUUUGAGGUUUCAAAGUCCACUUCCUGUCAUUGGAAAAACAAUUGGUGAUGAGUGUCAAGAACCAGGAACACCAACAUUGUCUGUGAAGGAUGCAUUGGCCAUCAUCGAAUCUGAUCUAUCUCAUGCUGUGAGCCCUCCAAACGCUUGCUCAAGCUUCAACUUUCCUGAUUCUCUGGAGUCUGAAACCCAGAAUCCAGGCUGCGAACUGGAUGAAGCUGUAAAAUUGGUGGAGAAUAUUUCCCCUCAGACUGACGUAACUCAGCCAAGGCUAACCUUCUUUGUCAAGUCUAACAAAGCCCAAGAUGACAAGUCAGGACAAGAUGCUGUAUUGCCCACCACUGCUUUUUGCACUGCCACAGUUACUAAAUCAUAUAAUAGAGAGGAUGACGAACAGAAUCAUAGAGGUUUGAAAUCCAAAAAGAUACUUUUUGAUUCUGCCACAGUCACCAAAAGCAAACCAGAGACUUCUUUUGAGCCAAGUCCCGGCUCCCGCAAAAUAAAAACCUCCAGGCGGAGAUUGUUGGAGAAAACAUCUUCGUUUUCGGAUCCUAGCAGUGCAGAACAAAACACAAGGGUGUCUCACAAUGUUUGUUCUCUACCUGUAAUUAACUGCGAUACGGAUGUAGAAUUUAAAUUUAUAGUAACUUCGCCCCAGAAAUCACCACAGCAGCUAAUGCCACAUGAACCCAACUCCCUCAAUCAAUCUGCCACCUUCACUUUCAAUGCACAACUUCAACCCAUGUCUAAUGCACCAGCUAAAAUUAAUGAAACCGUAUCAGUUGACAGCCAUGCCUCUGAGAUGUUGCCUCCUCCGCUGGAUUUGUUUCCUGUUCAAAGUCGAGCAUCAAACCAACAAACCAAAAAGAGAAAAAGUGAAGAAUUUUCAAGGGAAAGCUCAGACAAUGGAGUGAAAUCCUUUCAAGUAAAGAAAAGCUGUGCUAUGCCACAAGACCCCAAGAAACCAUGUCCUGAAAAACGAUUCAGUUCGAGGUCUGGACAAACACAAAGCAGAUCAACUGUGCCAACAAGCUCAAGAAAGUCCACUAAAGUGCCACCAAAAAAGAGCUGUCCAAAACAAGCUCAACAAGGAGCAGGGUCUGUGAAGUCAUUCAGUGCAUCAAAAGUGAAAACUGCAAAAGUUAUAGCUGUGGCACAGUCUCGACUUAACUUCAUAAAGCCAACACAGACAGCCAUACCGAGACAUCCGCUACCGUUUGCUGCAAAGAACAUGUUUUAUGAUGAGCGCUGGAUUGAGAAGCAGGAAAGGGGGUUUACAUGGUGGAUGAACUACGUUCUCACUCCAGAUGAUUUCAAAGUUGCUACUGAAGUCACCAAAGUGAACGCCUUGUCCCUAACAAUGGGAAGUGAAAAGCUCAACAUACCUAAAGCACCUACCAAGGAGGAGAUGUCCUUUAGAACCUACACAGCCCGUCGACGCUUGAACCGUCUUCGCCGGGCAGCCUGCCAACUGUUCACAUCUGACAGCAUGGUGAAGGCCAUCCAGCGUCUAGAGUUGGAGGUGGAGGCCAAGAGGCUUCUUGUACGCAAGGAUCGCCACCUCUGGAAGGAUAUAGGUGAAAGACAGAAGGUGUUGAACUGGCUCCUUUCUUACAAUCCACUCUGGCUGCGAAUUGGCCUGGAGACCAUCUUCGGAGAGUUGAUUCCAUUGGAGAGCAACAGUGAUGUCAUGGGCUUGGCCAUGUUUAUACUUGGCCGACUGCUUUGGAACCCUGAUAUUGCUGCUGAGUUCAGACACCCCAAAGUUCCCCAUUUGUACAGAGAUGGGCACGAGGAGGCUCUGUCCCGCUUUACCCUGAAGAAACUGCUAUUACUUGUUUGUUUUCUGGACAAGGCCAAAGAGUCCAGACUGAUCGAGCACGACCCAUGUUUGUUCUGCAUGGAUGCUGAAUAUAAGGCAACUAAAGAUCUUCUGCUGGCAUUUGCGCGGGACUUCCUCAGUGGGGAAGGCAUUCUUUCUCGUCACCUCAACCUUUUGGGCCUGCCAGUGUCCCACACCCAGACACCCCUGGCUGAGUUCAGCUUUGCUGUGCAGAAUCUUGCUGUUGAUCUCAGAUGUGGCAUUCGUUUAGUACGCAUCAUGGAACUCUUUACUCAAGAUUGGUCUUUGUCUAAUAAGCUGCGGAUGCCUGCUAUUAGCCGUCUUCAGAAAGUGCACAAUGUCGAAAUUUCUCUGCAAGUGCUCAAAGAAAAGGGGAUUGACCUCAAAGAUGAACAUGGGGCUACCAUUGACUCCAGAGACAUCGUAGAUGGACACAGAGAAAAGACCCUUAACCUCCUGUGGAAAAUCAUAUUUACUUUCCAGGUCGAGGUUCUUCUUGAUGUGGAACACCUCAAAGAGGAAAUCAGCUUUCUCAAGAAAACCUGGAGAACGAAGCAGAAGCUGGCUUGGUUGAAGGCUGAUAAAUGUGCUGUGAAGCGCUCAAAUGGGAGUCCAAGAGCAGAACAGUCCAGUGAGAAACUCACUCUACUUCUGGACUGGGUCAAUGCUGUUUGUGAGUUCUACAGUUUGAAGGCUGAAAACUUCACUGUGUCGUUUUCUGAUGGACGAAUUCUUUGCUAUCUCAUUCAUCACUACCAUCCAAACCACCUGAAUGCUGAGAAAAUUCACCAGAAAACAACACAGACCAUUGAGUGUGACCAGCGUGGCAAAGUUGAACUGAACAGCUCCUCCAGUGACUCUGACUGCUCCUUUGACUCUUUGGAGCAAAAUGUUUCAGGAUCGCCAGCAGUAGAUUUCAAGGUGCUUCUUGAGAAUGAGAGGAGUAAUUUUCAGCUGGUGAACACUGCUGUGUCUUACCUUGGAGGAGUUCCUGCCAUGAUCAGCCCAGAGGAUAUGUCUAACACAAUCCCCAAUGAAAAGGUGGUUACAUGUUACCUGUCCUUCCUUUGCGCUCGACUUCUGGAUCUCCGAAAUGAAACGAGAGCUGCCAGAGUCAUCCAGAGUGCAUGGAGGAGGUAUAAGUUGCAGAAGGAUAUACAGCUUAAUAAGCAAAGGAACAUGGCUGCAUGUAAAAUUCAGGCUGUUGUGAAGAGCUUCCUACAGAAGAGGAGGCUAAAGAGAAGGAACAGGGCUGCCACUGUCAUUCAAGCCUUCUGGCGAGGCUACUCUGCCCAGAAAGAGUUGAAAAGAAUGAAAGAAGCAAAGCGCUACGCUACCCAAAAUAGAGCUGCAGUCUUGAUUCAGAAAACCUACAGAGGAUGGAGGACACGCAUGCAUCUAAAGAAGAAUCAUGCCUGUGUUAUUAUCCAAACAGCCUUUCGAAAAUGGCACACCAGAAAAAUUACCCAGAGAAAUGCUGCUGCCCUGAGGAUACAGGCGUGGUAUAGAAUGCAGCAGUGUAAAAGGCAGUACCUGACCAAGAAAUCUACAGCUGUCCUCAUACAAGCAUGGUUCAGGGGAAGCUACCAGAGGCGCAAGUUUGAAACUCUUAAGAAACAGCAUCAAUCGGCCAUCAUCGUCCAGAGUGCCUUUAGAGGCUUCGUCGUCCGUAAACAGAUUGCUGAGAGGAGGCAAGCAGCAGUUGCGAUUCAGACAUGGUAUCAGGCCUGCUUGCAAAGAAAUGCAGAGCGAAAGCGAUAUCUUGAAACGAAAUCUGCGACUGUAACUCUUCAAGCAGCGCUUCGAGGCUGGAGGGCCCGUAGAGAACUGGCUCAGCGGAACCAGGCUGCUCUGGUGAUUCAAACUGCUUACAGAAGAUUUCUAGCUCAGCAGAAUUUCCUGUCUUUGAGAAGAUCAGUUGUCAUUGUCCAGCAGAGGUACAGAGCUAAAAAAGUUGGAGAGAAGUUAAGAAAGGAGUACCAGUCCCUAAAAUAUGCUGCUGUGAGAAUUCAAGCAUUGUGGAGAGGAAGAAUUGAAAGGAAGAAGAUUGACCAGCUUCAUCGCUUUGCCAUUGUAAUCCAGUCACAGUAUCGUAGACAUUUGUUGCAAACAAGGUUCUUGGCUUUGAAGAAAUCAUCUUUAGUCAUUCAAAGCAGAUAUAAGGCUUUCAGAGAGGGAAGGAAGGUACAAUCUGAAUUUCUUGCAAUGAAAAAAGCUGCAGUCAUUCUUCAGAGUGCAUAUCGUGGUAUGAGAACCAGGCAAGAAAUGGCCAAGCAGUGCAAAGCAGCAACUUUGAUCCAAUCAGCCGUGAGAGCCUUUUCCUGCCGUUGGAAAUUUUUAGCUCAGAAGCGUGCUGCCAUUACCAUACAGCAGCACUACAGGGCAAAUGUCUUAAGGCGCAUGGAAAAAGAGCGGUAUGUUCAGCUCAGACAAGCAGCCAUAAAGCUGCAGGCCUUUUAUCGUGGCUGCAAAGUGAGAAGAGAACUGAAGAGAAAGCAUCAAGCUGCAACAGUUAUUCAAGCAUGCUUCAAGAUGUAUAAGUCACGAGUGUCUUAUCUGGCUGCAAAGUGUGCAACCAUUAUUAUCCAGCAAUGUUACAGGGCCUAUAUCUCUGGAAGGUGCACACGUGCAUCUUAUCUAAGAAUGAAGGCUGCUGCUGUAAGCAUACAGUCUGCAUACAGAGGAAUGAAAGCCCGCCAGAAUCUUCAAAAACUGCACCUGGCAGCAACAAGGAUUCAGGCUUGUUUCCGGGGACAUUCGCAACUUGUGAAAUAUAGGAGACAAAAAUGGGCAGCAUCUGUUAUUCAGCAGCGAUACCAAGCAAACAAACUAAAGAACACCGUUCAAGAAAGCUAUGUUGCAAUGAAAAAGGCAGCUUUGUGCAUUCAGGCAGCGUAUCGUGGCAUGAGGUCAAGGAAACAGAUUGGGGAGAUGCAAAUAGCUGCUAGGGUUAUACAGCAAAGAUACAGAGCAUACAAACAAUGCAAUGAAUAUCGUUCCCUCAAACAAGCAACUAUCGUAAUACAGACAAGAUACAGAGCUAAACUCAUCGCAAAACAGCAGCAUGAAAAGUAUCGCUCCAUGCAGAAAGCAGCCAUCACUUUACAGGCUGCUUACAGAGGAAUGCAGGCAAGAAAACGGAUUGCAGAGAUGCAGUUGGCAGCUAAGAUUAUACAGAGGAAGUACAGGGCAUACAAGCAGCGCAAUGAAUAUCGUGCCCUCAAACAAGUAACCAUCGUUAUACAACGAAAAUACAGAGCUAAACUUCUUGCAAAACAGCAGCACGAGAGGUACUGUUCCAUGCGGAGAGCAGCCAUCAAUUUACAGGCUGCUUACAGAGGGAUGCAAUCAAGGAAAAUGAUCGCAGAGAUGCAGUUGGUUGCUAAGGUUAUACAGAGGCAUUACAGAGCAUACAAGCAGCGUAAUGAAUAUCGUGCCCUCAAACAAGCAACAUUCCUUAUACAGAGAAGAUACAGAGCUAAACUCCUUGCAAAACAACAGCGCGAAAAGUACUGCUCCAUGCAGAAAGCAGCCAUCACUUUACAGGCUGCUUACAGAGGAAUGCAGGCAAGGAAACGGAUUGCAGAGAUGCAGUUGGCAGCUAAGAUUAUACAGAGGAAGUACAGGGCAUACAAGCAGCGCAAUGAAUAUUGUGCCCUCAAGCAAGUAACCAUCGUUAUACAAGGAAGAUACAGAGCUAAACUUCUUGCAAAACAACAGCGCAAGAGGUACUGUUCCAUGCAGAAAGCAGCCAUCACUUUACAGGCUGCUUAUAGAGGGAUGCGAGUCCGAAAAGAGGCCCAAAAGAGGCAAGAAGCUGCCACAGUGUUACAGGCAUGGUACAGAAUGUACAGAGUAAAAAUGGCCUUCCAAGCUAUGAGACUUGCUGCAGUUCUCGUCCAGAGGCGCUAUAGGUGUCAUCUUGAAAGAAAAGAGGCCAGAGAACGCUUUGUAAAGCUGCGACACAGUGCCAUCGUCGUGCAGGCAGUCUUUAGAGGCAAUCGGACAAGGCGUGAAAUCGGCAACUUGCAUUCCGCAGCUACAGUAAUCCAAAGGAAGUACCUGGCUUACAAAGAAAGGAAAAAGUUCCUGUCUGUCAGAGAUACAGUUGUGCAUUGUCAACAAAAAUGGCGUGCUGUUCUGGCUUCAAGGCAACAAUUAAAAGCAUACCUGGCUAAGCGUAGUGCUGCGAUUGCAAUUCAGGCAGCUUUCCGGGGGAUGAAGGUUCGAAGAAGAGUGCAAAUUGAACGCAAGGCCGCAAUUACCAUUCAGGCCCACGUCAGGAUGCACAAAACCAAAGUAUAUUACCAGAGGCUGCUGUGGGCAACUAAGACAGUUCAGCGACGUUACCGAGCUAAUCAAAUGAUGAAGGAAGAAAUGAAGUCUUUGAAGCAGAAGAGGAUGGCCACAGUUGUUUUGCAGGCUGCAUUCCGUGGUAUGAAAGCCAGGCACGCUUUGAAACAAAAACAUAAAGCUGCCAUUGUUAUACAGAGUGCUUACAGGGCUCACUGUGCUCAGACUCGGUAUUUGUGUAUGAGAUAUGCUGCUGUUGCCAUUCAGCAAAGAUAUCGCGCCACACUUGCUGCUAGAAAGCAGAGAGAACACUUCCUGCAACUGCGCUGUGCAUCUAUUUCCCUACAAGCCUGCUUCAGAGGUCAAAGGGCCAGAAGGGAAAUUGGCCUUCAACAUCAAGCAGCUAAAGUAAUCCAAGCUUCUUUCAGAAGCCAUCGGGAGAGGACCAAAUACCAGGCCAUGAGGGUCUCCGCCAUGAUCAUACAGAGACAUUUUAGGGCUUAUAUUGUGGCUAAAGAUAACCGAGAAAGAUACUUAUCCCUAAGAAAAUCUGCCAUACUUAUUCAGACAUUGUUCAGAGGGUACUCUGUUCGACAUCAUAUCGCAAAGAUGCACAAAGCUGCAACCACAAUUCAGGCAGCAUUAAGGAUGCACAAGCAUAGAUCUGCAUUUAAGAGGCAGUGCUGGGCAGCAGGUGUCCUCCAAGAGAGAUUCAGAGCCUGGAAGUGUGGGCAUCAGCAAAGGCAGAGAUACCUGCAAUUGAAAGAUGCGGCAAUAUGCAUGCAGAAGUCUUUUAGAGGCAAGCAAGCACGGGACCUGGUGAGACAAAUCAAAGCUGCAAGGACAAUCCAGUCAUACUUAAGGAUGUCCAUCCAGAGGAGGCAGUUCAUGAAGACCAAGGCUGCAGUUGUAUUGAUUCAGUCUGCCUAUAGGGGUCAUUAUUGUAGAGUGCAAUAUGCCAGGAUGCAGAAGUCCGCAGUGCUGAUACAGCAGUGGUACAGGUCAUGCAAGUUAGUCCAAAAACACAGAGAUGAAUUCAAAAGGAUUCAGAAGGCCACGCUAACUUUGCAACGCGCCUUGCGAAGAAUGGUUGCGAUGCGACUUGCCACAAGAAGAAGAGCUGCGAUCAAGAUUCAGUCAGUGCUACACAUGCAUGUGCACCGCAGACGCUACCUGAAGCUGCGUUCAUGUGCUGUGAUGCUGCAAGCCCAGUACAGAAUGUGUACAAUGAGGAGAGCUUAUCUGAGAAAACAAACUGCUGCUGUUACUGUGCAGACGUUCUACAGGGCCUACAGAGCUAAAGUGGAGCAGAGAGAGUGUUACCUUAGGACCCUAAGAAAUGUUCGGACCCUUCAAGCUCAUGUACGUGGGUUCAUUCAGCACAGAAGAUUCCAGCAGAUGAAAGAGAGUGCGAUCAAAAUUCAGGCAUGUUAUAGAGGAAUGGUUGAACGGCGCAAGUUUCAACAUCUCAAGAAAUCUGUGCUUGUUAUUCAGGAGCGUUAUAGAGCUUACCAGCUCUGCCAGAAGGAGCGUAAACAGUUCCUAAAAUUGAAGAAUUCUGCAAUUUUAAUACAGGCAGGAUUCUGUGCAUACAAAGCAAGAAAACUUGCAGCACAGACUCAAGCUGCACUGAAAAUCCAGGCUUGGUUCAGAGGACACCAAGCUAGACGUGACUACAUCUCAAAGCAAACUGCUGUUGCAACUAUUCAUCGCUGUCUUCAAACAAAAUUCCAGCGAGCAAGAUUCCGAGCAAUUCAGCACAGUGUCCGAGUCAUUCAACAAAGGUGGAGGGAAACUCUGACUUCAAGGAAACAGCAAGCUGAGUUCCUUAGAAUUAGAGUGGCAGCUGUUAAGAUUCAAGCUUUGUGGAGAGGUUCUGUGGUCAGGAGGUCAAUACAAAAGGAACGAAACGCAGCUGUGUUGAUACAGUCUACUUUUAGAGGUUAUAGACAAAGACAGGCUUUCAAGCAGAAGAAAGCUUCUGCCCUGCUGAUACAGUGCCGCUUCAGAGCAGUACAACUUGCCAAAGCUGAAAAGGAGAGGCGGCGCAGGAGAAAUGCAGCUGCUGUCACUAUCCAGGCUUUUUGCCGCGGUUGGCUAACAAGGCAAAAGGUAAAAGAAACUGCCAAUGCCUUGAGGCGCCAGCGAUUUACAGCUGCUGCAUACCAUCAUCUGUGUGCAGUGAGGAUCCAAAGAGCCCUCAGAACACACUGGGCACUGAAAGCGGCCAAAAAACAAAUCUCUUCCGUCAUUUAUGUUCAGCGGUGGUUCAAGGCCAAAUUUCAGAGAAAGAGAUAUCUUGAGCAAAGACAGAAAAUCAUUACAGCACAGAGAGCAGUUAAAGCUUGGUUAAAUCAUCGCAAUCAGGCUGCCACCGUUAUCCAGCAUGCUGCUAAACGAUUCCUUCUGAGACGUAAGAAAGAAAGACUCAAGCAGGGAAUCUUAAAGGUGCAGGCUCUUUGGAGAGGACACUGCUCGAGGAAGCUUCAUGAUACGACUAAAGUCAUUUCUAUGAGGCAUCGCUUCAGGAAGGUAAACAGUGAGGCCAAGGAAGAAGACAAACUAUGCAACAAGACAGCCACUGCCUUGAGUUACCUGCUUGGAUAUCAAAAUUAUGCCUACAUCCUUGCUGCUUUAAAACAUUUGGAAACCGCAACCAGGCUUUCCCCAGAGUGCUGUGAGCGCCUCGUUAAUAGCGGAGCAACACACACCAUCUUUACCCUGAUAAGGAGCUGCAACCGCAGUGUGCCUUCAAUGGAGAUCAUCACCUUAGCAAUCCAAGUUCUUCUCAAUUUGUCAAAAUACAACAAAACCAUAGAUGCCGUUUAUGAAGUGCCCGACUCUGUAGACACGCUUCUGGAUCUGCUCCAGAUCUACAGAGAGAAGGCUGGGGAUAAGGUUGCAGACAAAGGAGGCAGCAUCUUUACCAAAGCAUGCUUCCUUCUGGUGAUUUUGGUACAGGAUGAAAGACGGGCAAUUGGUGUGAAAAAGAUCCCCAGGGCUUCAGAUCGCAUCUGCAGCAUUUACAAACUGACACUUCGAAAAUACAAAAUGGAUGUGCAGAGAACCAAAGUAAAGCAGAGGAUGAAUGUCUCGCUGAAUGGAAGCUUUCUUCCUCAGGCCACACCUCAAAAAUCCAAGCCAGCUGCCAGGUUUGCACCAGAAUGGGUUCUUCACAGAGGGAAGAUGAAGGAUAUCGUGGAUCCUCUCGGUGCAAUACAGAUGUUGGUCAAAGUUCUUGCACUGGUGCCUUAAAAAUGCACACGUGUAAUGUACAUAUUGUAUACAUGUUUCAGUGUUUUUUGCCUCUCAAGGUAAAGUUGUAUAUACUUGUAAUAUAAUGCUUUUAUAUUUGUUUUUACCUUUCAAAACAAAUACUUUAGCUACUGGUUUUUGAGUGUUAUGCUUCUGGGUUUAGAUAUUUUUUUUGUCUGAUGGUUAGAGCAAUGCCGGCCAUGACAAUUAUUGAUGUAUGAUUUGGUGUCAAUAAAAUCUGCUUGCUACAGAA